UUUAUGUGUCCUCGCAGUCAGGAGGUUUGGAAAGGCCCCAGGGGGGCCCAUCUCAAGGAUACUUCGGCCUAGGAUUAGCCUAGGCACCCGGGGCGAUACCGGGAAGGUUCUUGGUUACCUGUUUGCUCCCUCCCUCACAUGGGACAGCUUUGGUAUGUCCCCAUGGUUCCUGUGUCCCCCAGGACGUAUGAGAAAAAGGGAUUUAUUACUUACCGUUAAAUCCUUUUCUCUCUAGUCCUAUGGGGGACACAGGACUUCCCACCCAAAACAGGUAUACCUUCCCUUCAGCCAUUUAUAGAUGUGUGUUUUUUUCCUAUUAUAUACACUUAUGUCAGUUGGGUGUUUUUUUUUUUGGCUGCUCGGUUUUUCUUGGUACAUAACUGAGUAGGUGGAGGCGGAGGUAAGCUAUAUAGAGGGGAGGAUCCCUCCUCCUCUUCUUUUCUUUGUGUCCUGCCUCCUGAUGGGAGGGGAUUUAACCCCAUGGUUCCUGUGUCCCCCAUAGGACUAGAGAGAAAAGGAUUUAACGGUUUGGUAGCAUAUGUAUUUCGGGAAAUCUCAAACCAGACAAAAGCUUAAUUUCAAAUCCACUACCAGGAUGGAUGGGAGAUGACAAGAGCACUGUAUGUCUAACACAUUCUUCUUUACAGAAGCUUGAAAGGAUUUUCAAGAUGGCGUCAGCUUCCACCAGAAAAGAGGGUAACCUUGAAGAUGCUUGGGCUGAUGAUGAAGAAGAAGAAGAGGAGCAGUUAGUGAUGGUUGAAUUGACAGGAAUUAUUGAUUCAGACAUUUUGAAAAAGUGUGAUAAGAAAUGCAAGAUUUUGGGAAUUAAUACUGAAAAGCCUUUCCUUCAAGUUGAUACAUAUGUGUUUGCUGGAGAGUAUGAAGAUGCCCUUGGUACAUGUGUGAUCUUUGAAGAGGACCCAGAUAAUGUUGAUGAAGACGAUAAAAAACCAAAGUUAAAGUACAAGUGUCAUACAGUGAAAAAACUAAAUAUGACAAGAACAUUUUUAACAGAAAAGAAAGAAGGCGACGAAGGAGGUGGUAGGAUUGAAUGGUUCCAUAUCAAAGAUGGUAGUUCUUCCAGUUGGCCCACUAUGAUAUGCAGCUUUGCACAAGAAAAUGAGGAAGCAGAAGAUGGAGGGGAUGAUUCUCAGAGUGAUGAAGAGCAAGAACUAAAUGGGUCAAAUGAGGACAGUGGACAUCUGGUCCACAAUUUUGUAAUGGAUAAACAGGAUACUGAAAUGAAAGAAAAGCAUGGAAAUGAAACACAGGGGAUGCUGGAACUGGGCAAGGAAGAAAGACAGGGAUUUGAAUUGCAAGAAAAGCAGGUACCAGAGAAGAAAGAGAGGCAGAAUUCUGAACCUGAAGGAAAUCUGGAAUCUGAUAAGCAUGAAAUGCAGGACUCGGAAUCCGAAGGAAAGCUGGAAUCUAACGAGCAGGAAAGGCAGGACUCGGAAUCUGAAAGAAAGCUUCAAUCUAAUGAACAGGAAAGACAGGACUCUGAAUGUAUAGGAAAACUGCAAUCUAAUGAUCAGGAAGGGUAGAACUCUGAAUCUGAAGGACAGCUGCAGUCUAAUGAGCACGAAAGGUAGGACUCUGAAUCUAACAGAAAGCUGCAAUCUAAUAAGCAGGAAGGGCAGGACUCUGAAUCUGAAGGAAAGUCGGAAUCCAGAAAGGAUGAAAGCCAAGGCUGUACAUUGGAAGAGAUGCUUCAUACAUUCAUUUCUUUUGCAGUUGUAAAUAACCAUUUUGUACAGUGACAUUUUACCUGAAGCAACCCUUCGGAAUGUAAUAUUUUUUCUUCUGUAUUUUAUAACCUUCCAAACAUUUGUCUUCAAUAAAAGUUAUUUGGUAAAUAGA